AGGGGCGGGGAAGGAGGAGGAGCGAGCCGGGCUUUUUGGGGGGGCGGCUGCACAGUCUUGGGAUCCCCAGGCCUGGAGGGGGGUCUGCGCGCGGCCGGCUGGCUCUGGCCACCCCCCGCGUCCGGUCCCGAGCGGGCCUCCCUCUGGCCAGCCCGAUGUGACCGGGCCCAGCGGAGCCUAAGCAAGGAGCGGGCCCGUCGGAGGGCAGGAGGAACAUGACAUCGCGGAGAUGGUUUCACCCAAACAUCACUGGCGUGGAGGCGGAAAACCUACUGUUGACCAGAGGAGUGGAUGGCAGUUUUUUGGCGAGGCCCAGCAAAAGUAACCCCGGAGACUUCACGCUCUCGGUUAGAAGAAAUGGAGCUGUCACCCACAUCAAGAUUCAGAACACAGGUGACUACUAUGACCUGUAUGGAGGGGAGAAGUUUGCCACUUUGGCUGAGCUGGUCCAGUAUUACAUGGAACAUCAUGGGCAACUGAAAGAGAAGAAUGGAGAUGUUAUUGAGCUCAAAUAUCCACUGAAUUGUGCAGAUCCUACCUCUGAAAGGUGGUUUCAUGGUCACCUCUCUGGGAAAGAAGCAGAGAAAUUACUAACUGAGAAAGGAAAACAUGGUAGCUUUCUUGUCCGAGAGAGCCAGAGCCACCCUGGAGAUUUUGUUCUCUCUGUCCGCACUGGUGACGACAAAGGGGAGAGCAAUGACGGCAAGUCCAAAGUGACCCACGUCAUGAUCCGCUGCCAGGAACUGAAAUACGAUGUUGGUGGAGGAGAACGCUUUGAUUCCUUGACAGAUCUGGUGGAGCAUUACAAGAAGAACCCUAUGGUAGAGACAUUGGGCACAGUGCUCCAACUCAAGCAGCCCCUCAACACAACUCGUAUCAAUGCUGCCGAAAUUGAAAGCCGGGUUCGAGAAUUGAGCAAAUUAGCGGAGACCACAGAUAAAGUCAAGCAGGGCUUCUGGGAAGAAUUUGAGACGCUGCAGCAACAGGAGUGUAAACUGCUCUACAGCCGAAAAGAGGGCCAGAGGCAAGAAAAUAAAAACAAAAACCGAUACAAAAAUAUCCUGCCCUUUGAUCACACCAGAGUCGUCCUCCACGACGGUGACCCCAACGAGCCUGUGUCUGACUACAUCAACGCCAACAUCAUCAUGCCUGAAUUUGAAACCAAGUGCAACAAUUCAAAGCCCAAAAAGAGCUACAUUGCCACACAAGGCUGCCUGCAAAACACGGUGAACGACUUUUGGCGAAUGGUGUUCCAGGAGAACUCUCGUGUGAUCGUCAUGACGACGAAGGAAGUGGAGCGAGGAAAGAGCAAAUGUGUCAAGUACUGGCCGGAUGAGUAUGCUCUCAAAGAGUAUGGGGUCAUGCGUGUCAGGAAUGUCAAAGAGAGUGCCGCUCAUGACUAUACGCUAAGAGAACUUAAACUCUCGAAGGUUGGACAAGCUCUACUCCAGGGGAAUACGGAGAGAACGGUCUGGCAAUACCACUUUCGGACCUGGCCGGACCACGGUGUGCCCAGUGACCCCGGGGGCGUGCUGGACUUCCUGGAGGAGGUCCACCACAAGCAGGAGAGCAUCAUGGACGCGGGCCCCGUCGUGGUGCACUGCAGUGCUGGCAUUGGCCGGACAGGGACAUUCAUCGUGAUCGAUAUACUCAUUGACAUCAUCAGAGAGAAAGGUGUCGACUGUGACAUUGACGUUCCCAAAACCAUUCAGAUGGUGCGGUCUCAGCGGUCAGGGAUGGUCCAGACAGAAGCACAGUACCGGUUUAUCUACAUGGCCGUCCAGCAUUACAUCGAAACACUACAGCGCAGAAUUGAAGAAGAGCAGAAAAGCAAGAGGAAAGGGCAUGAAUACACCAACAUUAAGUAUUCCCUAGCAGACCAGGCAGGUGGCGAUCAGAGUCCCCUCCCGCCGUGUACACCAACGCCAGCCUGUGCGGAAAUGAGAGAAGACAGUGCCAGAGUUUACGAGAACGUGGGCUUGAUGCAGCAGCAGAAGAGCUUCAGAUGAGAAGAGUCACCGACACUGCAGCACAGAAAGAGAUGUGGACUUUCACCCUUCCCCUAGAUGAGGAGCAGACGUGCAGGAGAGCUUAUGUGAAGAGUGGAGUUGGACUUGGAAGACGCAGUUGUGGCUGACUACCUUUUGAUAAGCAAAAUUUGAAACCACUUUAAGACCACUGUAUUCUAAUCCAGCGUUUCCUCAGAUAAGAAGACAUCAUCUCUACAGUGUAGACAACGCUACAUUUUAUAGAAUUCUGUUUUAAAUUGAGGAAGCAGUAAAACUGUGCUCUAUGUUUUACAGAUUAUGGGGAUUCCAAUUCUAGUUAUGAGAAAUUUCUUUUUUCCUUUAAUAACCUUAACCGUUUUGUUGUUUCUUUGUGUGGGGGUGAUGGGGGCACUUAUAAAAAGAAAUGAUUGGAGAAAGUUAAGUAACAACACCCUUGA